AUGUCGGGACCAGAAUUGGGGCAGAAGUCGAAUAAUUCGCAGACGAAUGUUACGGAGACGGCGCUGAAGCCGCCGUUUUUUCAGCGGUUUAAGACGCAUAUGAAGAGGUGGUGGUGGGUUUAUGUUAUUGGGUUUUGUGUUGUUGUGCUGGUUACUGUUCUUCCUUUAGUCUAUGUAGGAGUCCCCAAUUUCGCGAACAAAUACAUCAACGACUACCAAUACAACUACAAUCACCUCUCAAUAACGAAUCCCACACCCAACUCCUUCCACGUCCACCAAAAGCAAAACCUCAAUGCCGGCGGCUUCAGUGGAAGCGGCCAUCUCUCAGCGUUCAACGCGACCAUUCGUGCUUCAGGCUCCGAUACAUCAUUCGCGGUUUUUCCGGUCCAGGAGAUUGGAUUCGGAGGUGAUUCGGACUUUACAAUCGAUCAGGAUUUGAAUAUAGCAUGUGUCGAGUGUUUGUCGCAGUUGGCUGCGGAUGCGGUACGGAAGAAGGAGAUUUCGGUGUUGGUCACUGGAAAGCCGGAUCUUAAAGUUGGAGGGUUACCCACGGCGCAUUUGGAUGUUCAUAAGACCAUGGCCAUGAAGGGUUAUAAUGUUGAAGAAUACCUGGACGAACCCGGUUCCUUCAACGUCACAAACGUCAACCUCCUAAAGCCCGCCACCUCAGAAGGCUACAACGUGAACGCCACCGUUGCAUUCCGCAACCCAAGCCCCUUCAUCGUAGAACUAGGCUCCGUGAGCUUCAACCUCUCCAUAAGUGGCCAAUCAAUGGGCUACGUCGACAUCCCAAACCUCUACCUGCAGGAAGGCAUCACAGAAACAACCGUUCUCGGCGACAUCGACAUCGAUGUUCUCGUUCGCAAAGCACUGGGUAACGGCUCACCUACUGACGACUUUGGUGACGUGACGAUUGAGAUUAGUGGGAAUCGGGUUUAUUAUAAGGGGGAGGAGAUUCCGUAUUUUAGUGCGGCGAUGCAGGCUAUCAAGGCGCCGGUUAAGGUGAAUUUGUUGGAUUAUGCGUCGGAGUUUUUGUAG